AUGGCUAACGUAAAACGUAGAUUAAAUGCACCCAAAAGUGCACAUAAAAAUGAAUCUAAAAAGAAGCAGACUAACGGUUGUAUAAAAAAAGAAUUAAGAUCAUUGCGAUCUGUGAUUGACAGUCAAAUAACAAAUGGCAUUAAGAGCAGCGGACCGGAGCCUCGAGUCGCCAAGAAACGCAGCAAUAAAGCAAGUAACAUUGACAAUGAGAUGACCUUAGUGACUCCCUAUGAAAAAUAUAAUUUUUUACAUAAACUUACAACUAAGUUGAACCUUAAUAAGACAUCUGGUGUUAGAACCACUAGACAAUCUAAACAACCUGACAUUGAUACACCUACACCUGAACUACCAGGGCUUAUGAAGACUAAAACAAAUCAUCUCAGAAGUACAAAGUUUUUAAAAAUCAUGGAUAAUGUCAUUAAAAAUGAAUUAGGUAUCACAAGUAAAUUAAAAAAAACUAAUUCAUCAUCAAAAACUAGAGUGACCAAUAAUAAUAAAAGUGAAAUUAUUAAUCAAAAUAAUAAGGUUGAGAAGUAUACUAAACAACCUGAUAAAAAUAACAAGACCACAUCCCAAAUUAAGAAAAUUGCCCAUGUGGUUUCUGUUCAUCUAUCAGAAGCUCCUGAAAAUAUUCCAUCAGUUCCAGAUAAGUCAAUUCAACAACAAACUAUACUAGUGAAUUUUACAGAUGAAUCUAAACUCUUGACACCACCACCAGUCCGUAAAAAAGGCAGACCAAAAAAGAAUCCAGAAAUUGAGAAGACACCAGUAAAACAGAAACAAGCUACUCUCACCAAUGGUGUAGAUUACUCACAGCGUUUAUUUGAAUGUGAUUAUUGCAAUAAAACCUUUAACAGGAAACAUUCACUAGUGAGACACGUUUACCUACAUCUUGGCAGGAAGCCACAUGCAUGUCCAGUUUGCCCAAAAAAGUUCCGUAUUCUUAAAAAUAUGAAAAAUCACAUGGACCGUGAUCAUUGUGUACCUAAUGUUGAUGAAAAUACAAAAACAUAUUCUUGUAAUAUCUGUGACAAACCUUUUCUAACUAAAGAAAAUUUAAAGUUACAUCUAACAAGUCAUGCCAAGGGUGAAAAUUCAUUUAAAUGUAUCUAUUGUGACAAAAAAUUUUCUUACCAACUUCUACUAAUUCAGCAUGAAAAAAAACAUUUGGUAACUGGAAAAUAUCUGUGUACGUUGUGUGACGUCAAAUUUAAUUCAAGGGAUAAACUGUAUGUGCAUGUGAAGAGCCAUUUGAAGCUUACUGAUUACAUUUGCCAGUAUUGUGGUAGGGAAUUUUUGAGAGCUAACUCAAUGAAGAGGCACGUACAGACAAUGCAUAGAGGCCGGACAAUACAGUGUCCAAUUUGUAACAAGAGCCUGAAGGGACAUCUAACUGAACAUAUGCGCACACAUGACAAUAAGCGUCCGCAUAAAUGUCCUGACUGUGGAAAACUGUUUGCACAAUCAACUCAAUUGAAAGUACACCGACGUGGUCAUACUGGAUAUCGGCCAUAUUCAUGCAGGAUCUGUGACCGCCCUUUCUCUCACUCUAACGCAUUGAUGUUACACCUCAGACGUCACACUGGUGAAAAACCAUUUCCAUGUGCUGAAUGCCCUAUGUCAUUCUCUCAGUUACCACAUAUGAAAGCGCACAUGUCAAAGAUCCACGGUAAAGUAAACCCGUACAAAUGUCUGAAAUGUUAUGAUUAUUUCAAACUGAAGAAAGAUCUACUUGUUCAUAAAAAAUCCUGCAAGGGUACUGGUAUUGAUACUGAUCUAUAUGGGGAUGAUCGACCUUACGGGGAUGGCUCUCAAGACAAUGAUGCUGAAGUAGUUCAAGUGGAAUCCACCAUGACAUUGUCUCGAAUGAGAUUCCUAUUGGCUCUUCUAUUGACAAUGAUUGCUAGCAAAGAAAAGCUCAAGUAUUUAGGGUUCAACAAACGCCUUGUAGACGAUUUGCUUGACGAGUCAUUAGAGGCUAUGGACCAAGUCCCGUGCAAGGACGAGACUAUGUCUCCGCUAGUGCGUCUCAGGACUAACAUUGAGAAGUUGCUAAAAGGUACUGUUCCUCCAGAACAGAUGGAGAAGUUCAAGAAAGAGAACAAGUCAACUGAAGAACUUCUCGAGCUGUUAACUAGCGAGAAAGACAAGUAA